AUGAAGACGUAUGAUUUCGGUAUGAUUGUGCUGUCGGUUUUGGUUUUCUUCAUGUACCGGAAAAGGGUCAAAGACAGCAGUACAAAUAGUAAAAAUUGAAUAACGGUGAAACAGAAGAGGAAAGGAGAUAUUUCAUUGAUCUAUUAG